AUGGUCACCAAAUCUCGACCGAUGUCGACGCAGUCGCUCAUGACUGUACCCGAGUCGCUGGUCGAUACGGGUGUCGACACUGUCCUCGAUGUAUCCACGCCCUUGAGUCCAACACAAACGAGCGGAACCGUCGAGACUGCUUCCAAGAGACACGCCAAAGGUCUUUCACUGAACUUCCCCAUUCUAUUGCCUUUCAACGCACAAGUGUCGGCAUCACCGACCGCAGGUUCGAGCAUUCUUCAAAGCCCCGUCGACUCUGCUAGAUCAUCUCCUCGUCCUCGACCAACUCCACUCACGAGCCCGAGCCUACACGAGAAUGAGCGAGAGGUCAACCAAAUAGGAAGCACAGACUUUCUCACAUUGCUCGCCGCGCAGGAACGGAGAGUGCUCGAGUUGAAAGAGGAGCUACAAAGGGCAGAAACAGACUUGCUGGGACUAAAGAAAAAAUGGGCCGCGCAUGAAGCGAAUAAGAAGAGGAACGAGGUGAAACAUGUGAAACAGCUGCAGCCGCUUGCUCGAAAUGAUGUAGGAACGCGAGAGCCGUCGGAAGACGAAGUCGAUGAAGAACGCAGAAGGAAGCGCGCUAUUGUGGAGAGGAGCCAUUUGGCACUCGUCUCCCCGUCAUAUGGGAGCACUCCGUCCACUGGUCUGACGAGAAAGGGUUCCAAGAGAGUCUUUGAAGGCGGUCGGCAUACUCGGACACUGAGUCUUCUCAGUCCAACAUCCAGCAAGCCGAACCAGGCCAGCACCGAAACGUCGGUAGAUGAAUUGACCGGCUACGACAACGAUACAGCCGCUAUCAAUACCGAUCCCAAUGUCAUCCAGCCACCACUGUCUCUAAUACCAACCCUGGAUAGUUUGAUCGCAGGUGAGCCUCUACAGCUGGGAUUUGGCAAGACAUAUAAAGAUCUAGCGGCCCAUCGUCGCUCAGUGCCUUCUGCAGACGUCUUUGUCAAACAAGGCAAGCAGGUAUAUGACGGCGUGCGCGACGGGCUGUGGACAUUCCUCGAGGACAUCAGGCAAGCUACUGUGGGAGAGGAAGGCAUCAGUGGAACGGUUGCACAACAGCGGCCUGUCAGGGCCCCCCAAAGGCGAGCUACUAAAGAAUCCAUGAACCAUUCUGGUCACACGACUACCGAAUCUCGAAAAACGCCGCCAAAAGAGUCAUCAUUCUGGAGGGAAUUUGGCUUAGACAGCCCGCAAAGACCAGGGUCAAAGUCGACGGUCAAAGCAGACAAAUCAAGCCGUCACAUUCAGCAGAAGAGCAGUACAGAUUCGUCCAAUCCACCCAGUCUUCUUCCGGACUCCAAUGAUCACGAAGACGGGAUGGACGAUAGCUGGGACGCAUGGGAUUCACCAGCCAGCGUCCGGGACAAGGCUGACGUUUUGGAUGGAAAGAGAGGCAACGGAUUGCCAUGGCCGGAAAUUGAGAAAAUAACUCCAAGCAAGUUGACCAAAACUGUCAGUGACUUGAUGAGAGAAUGGGACACGAGUCCCGACGAUGCAGACACUGUCACUGACGGCUCCGAUUCCCGGCUGCGCGGUGCAAGAGCUACUAUACUGGACCACCCGCACAUAUAA